CGGAUUGGUCUACUUGCACAGUUUCGAGCCUAAUGCACUUUCGUUUCGUUGACACCAGUUUGUUUGUGGCUCGCUGCAGCAAAGCUGAAAGCGUCUGAUUACAGGGUGGGAUCUGAGGACUAUAAUGCCGCUGCAGACAACAAUCAAUUGCAGGAGGCAAAGACGAAUCCGAGACCCGCAGUGCAAGUAAAAGUGACAAAUGAAGUGGAAAGUGCCCUCGGAAUGAGAACGAUGAUGAUGCGGAUGCGGAUGAGAAAUCGGGGCGGUGAGCGGCGGCAGACGAACUACUUUGACACACAAAUGCCACUGCUGUCUGGCCUAAUGAGUCCCGACCUGCUGCCAAUAUUGGAUGAGCAGCAGGAGGAGCAGAAGCAGCCGGAGCAGGGACAUAACCUGGCCCACGGGCCCAGUUCGGUUGAACAGCAAUUACUCCGCCUGCAGCCGGACUACAAAUUGCUGUACAAUGCCGAGCACCACACCUAUUUCCACCUGCACACCCUCGUCCCGGAGGACACAGCCGCCCAGCCAGGACCCUCGAAAUCCGAGCAGGCUCCGCAUCGCAGGCUGUUCCAGCAGGUCGUGGGCAACACGCUGACCGCCGCCUUUGGCCUAAAUGUGAUGGACAAGGGGCAACUGGGGGGGCAGGCGGAGGUCACUAGCGAACAGGUGCAUCUCUACGAUGCCGCAUCGCUGCGCCGGUCGCGCUUCAGUCCCUUCAAUCCUACCAGAAUCCUUAUUCACGGAUGGCUGGGCAAUGCGAAUGCUAAUAUGUACAGUGCCCUAUUGCCGGCUUAUUUUGCUCUAAAAAAUGGCAACUACAACAUCUUCACGGUGGACUGGGGACGUGGAGCCAUCGCCGACUAUAUAACGGCCAGUUAUCGAGUGAAGCCGGUGGGUCAAGUCUUGGCCAAGUUCGUGGACUUCCUGCAUGAGGAGGCGGGACUGCGCUUUGAGGAUCUCCAGCUGGUUGGCUUCAGCAUGGGAGCCCAUGUGGCGGGAUUGGCGGGGAAGCAUCUGCAGACGGGUCGCCUUCGGAUGAUCCGGGCUUUGGAUCCGGCCUUACCCUUCUUCCGAUAUGCCAAGGAAAAGGAGCGACUGACCGCCGAGGAUGCCGACUACGUGGAGGUGUUGCACACUAGUGUGGGCAGCUAUGGGUUCGAUCGACCUCUGGGUCAUGCCGAUUUCUAUGCCAAUUGGGGCAGCCAGCAGCCAGGAUGCUUUUGGCAUGAAUGCAGCCAUUGGAGGGCUUUCAUGCUCUUUGCCGAAAGUCUCCUCAGGGAUCGGGAUACUGGGUUCUUGUCCCUUGGCUGUCCAGCCGGUGAAUGGCAGCAGUUGACCCGCUUCCAUCGCUGCCCAAAGGAUACUGGCAUUAUCCAGACCAUGGGCGGCGAUUUGGCCAACGUUUCUGCCGAUUUCUUGGCCCAGAGACAGGGUGUCUAUUAUUUCCAAACAAACGACCAGCCGCCGUAUGUUUUAGCACAAAAUUCCAGCUCGCAAAAGGGUGGCACAAAUAAAUAAAGAGAGAAAUGGCUGAGAGAACGUAAUGAGCAAAAUGCAAGUGCAGUUCGCGUUUUUAU